GACACUUGAGAGGUUGAGAUAGGACCGAGCGACCUACGGGAUCAGUCAAAGUCUGAGAGGCUCGCCGCUAAAACGCCCCUAUUUUUCCACUUGUAUGUGAACGUUGGACCUGUCACCGACAACAAGUUCAAACUUGAGACAUGCUCAAUGCAUACGGAACAUCUUCGUCGUCGUAUGCAGUUUAAAACCGUAUAGCGUUUCGUGUUACCUAGAAGGACUAUAUACAUUGUGCUUGCUACCCAAGUUCCUUAAUUAUAAAGUGCUGGAAUUGCUGCCCUUAUUUAAUUUCGUAGAUGACGGUAAACAAAUACCUGAAUUGCGGAAGGCUGCUUUACAAGUAUAUAAAGGGUGGUGGCACAUUGAUGGAAAGUAUCAUUGAUUUUGGAUCCUACAUUACUACAAAAGCUUACUCCACAUAUAAUUUCUACAAGAAGCAAAAUGAAGCCUACACUUAUCUUCCUUGCCAUUUGCGUUGCUCUUUCCCAACAGCAAUUUUAUCAUCGACGCAUUAUGAUGGGUUAUCCCUGGAUGUCACCCUUCGCCCAGUAUUCAAUGUUCAACGAUUACGUGGAUAACUCUCCAUUCGUUGGCGACUAUAACAAUGUUCAAGGGAGGGUUAAGGGCUACAAACCUUUGCCUCAAGAUGUGUCUAUGGAACGAGAAGAAAUGGGACAAAAUCGAUUUCUGCUCAACUCGGGCUCGUCUUCAAUUGGGAAUCCCCUAUUGAAAACUGUUACGUUCACAAUCACGUCAACUUGCACGGCGUUGAGCGUCACGACAUGCGUUGCCAUGACCAACCUUUCGCCGAAUCCAGUUGCAUGCGCCGGACGAAGAAGACGAUUUGCCGAAUACAACGACGAGCAAGGCAAGGAUAUUGCAGCCCAAUAUUCCGUCGUUCCCAGCGAAGUCAGAAUUGUGAUGCCAACGGCUGAGCCCAGCACAGGCCUGACCCGUAAUUCUCGUGAUUUGCCAUUUGGAAUAUCUUCAUCGAUGGACGACGACGGUGAUUCGAAUGGUGUGGCCACCAUCGGCACGCAAAACCGUGGCAAACGCUUCUUCCAACAAAUUUGGAAUGGAUUUGCCACUGGACUAACAGUAACGACUUGGUCAGUUGUCUCGAGCACCUUUACUUCGACCCUUGUUAUUCCUGGCGUCAGUACCGUCCUUCCAUGUUUACCAGCUGGUUACGGCAUUUGCUAAAUUGCACCUGGCAAAUAAAGUGCUACUUUCUCUCAUCCUUAAACCACGGACAUUAAGUUACCCGAGAAUUGGGUAACUAACCCAUGUCUCGGGUUCCCCACUGUAAAAUGCAUCUUCUUACCUAACCGAUUUCUUUUAAUGCUGUGUUGCUUUUAUAUUAUGUAAUUUAAAACAAUUGACUACACGUUGCUGUUUAUCCGUGUUUGUUUUGCAAUAAAAAGAAGUUUUAAAGCUGUCAAAGCCAGGGAAGAUGAUUGAAA